AUGUCGACUCCUGAUAUAUUAUUUUCUUCUCUAGAAACAAAUACAACUCGAGCAUAUCGACAACAUCUGAUUAAUCAUAUCACGAAAACACCCAUAUCUUCACUUGGACGUCUUCAUCUCCGCCUUAAUCUACUUGACCUCGAAAAGUUCAAACUGAAAAAUUAUCAUCAUGAUGUGAUGAACAAACCUUUACCUGCCGGAACUACAAUGACAGAUGUGAUGAAGAGGAAUGCUCUGUUCGUUAAACAUGUCAAAUUUCUCGAUAAUCAACAGACGAUGGUUCGAAAACAACUACUCAAUGCAAUCCGCAAAAUUCAGAUUCAGGAAUCAAUUAUUCGUACCGCUCCUGCUGAGAUCAGAUCUAAGCUCUUGAAUGGCCAAAAGUUGUUUGGUCAACUUCAAGCUGAGAUAGCGUGUGAUUAUACCGACAAGCUGUUGACUCGCAGCGUCAACAGUCAACGUCAAGAAGCUAGACGAUCAAAUGCUCCUAGUCCUUCUACAGUUUCAUUGAAACUCCUCCUCCUCCAUAUUCAGCCAAUUAAUAAUUGGUUGUCCCGGUCUAUCGAAGACGUUCUGUGCUGCCAGAAGACUAAACGUCUCAAACUCUCUUUAAAUUGA